GUGUCACCCACCCGUGUCCAAGCAUCCACUGGGGGGAGGAGUGUCUCCGUGUCCAUACAGAUAAAAGGCGUAUAUAUAAAAAAAAUAGCGCAUGGAAGGAGAAUAGGGAUCCUGUCCCCUCCUCCUCGGCUUCUUGUACUGCGCACACUUUUUGCGCAUUCGGUGCACAUUUUCUGUCGCCGCAGAAUCAAGGGAAGAACGCCGCAAUUUUUUUUGAUGAUUAUUUUUUUCCCUUUCUUUGAAGACGUCGUAAGAGGAAUAAUCCACAUGCACCCCCGGGACGUAAUAUCGGACCUACCCAUGGAAUGUUAAGCAAAAAGGCGGAUUUGUGUGUUAUUUAGUUUCACACAUUUGGGGGCUUAAUAUCAGCUGCAGGGCUCCCACCGCUAGUGGGGUGUUACAUAACCGAGUGGCUUUAGCUGUCCGAGGUGCUGAAGGCGCACCGUGGUUGCCGAAAACCGGACAAGCCGUGAGCAAGUCACGCAAGAAGAAGGUCAAAGGCCUGUUUGCUGCAGAACCACCUGGGAAGCUGCGGUGGGCGAUAUAUAGAUUGAUUGUUUCUCCUGCGGUGAAGCAUUCCAGAGGGGGUCCAAAUGUCCGGGCAGACGCUCACGGACCGCAUCGCCGCGGCCCAGUACCAGCUGACGGGCUCAGACAUGGCCCGGGCCGUGUGCAAGGCCACCACUCAUGAAGUGAUGGCGCCCAAGAAGAAGCACCUGGACUACCUGGUGUCGGCCACCAACACCACCAACGUCAACAUCCCCCAGAUGGCCGACACGCUGUUCGAGCGGGCCACCAACGCCAGCUGGGUGGUGGUCUUCAAGGCCCUCGUCACCACCCACCACAUGUGUGUGCACGGGAAUGAGAGGUUCAUCCAGUAUUUGGCCUCCAGGACCUCCCUGUUCAACCUCAGCAACUUCAUCGACAAAACUGGCUCUCACGGCUACGACAUGUCUACAUUCAUCAGACGGUACGGGCGAUACCUGAACGAGAAAGCCUUUGCAUACCGCCAGAUGGCGUUUGACUUCACCAGAGUGAAGAAGGGGGCCGAAGGCGUGAUGAGGACCAUGACCACAGAGAAGCUCCUGAAGGGCAUGCCUGUCCUGCAGACUCAGAUCGACACGCUCCUUGAGUUUGACGUUCACCCCAAGGAGCUGAACAACGGGAUCAUCAACGCCGCUUUCAUGCUGCUCUUCAAGGACCUGGUCAAACUCUUUGCAUCCUACAACGAUGGCAUCAUCAACCUAUUAGAGAAAUACUUCAAAAUGAAAAAGAGUGAUUGUAAAGAGGCUUUGGAGAUCUACAAGAGGUUCCUGACCCGAGUGACAAAGAUUGGCGAGUUCAUGAAGCUGGCAGAGACAGUUGGAGUUGACAAAAAUGACAUUCCUGACAUCAACUACGCUCCCAGCAGUAUCCUGGAGUCUCUGGAAACGCACAUGAAUGGCUUGGAGGACGUAAAAGGCGGCAAGAAGGGUGAAGGGUCUCCAACUAAGGGGUCUCCCACAAACAACGUGUCUCCAACUUCCACUCCGGCCAAAUCCUCAAACGCCGUCCCCACACUGCAGCCUCCGCCUGGGGAGAGCGCCGCCGCUGCCGCCGCGGCUCCAGCUGCACCGGAGCCAGCGGAAGAUUCCUUGCUGGACCUGGAUCCCCUCUCCUCCUCUGGCCCCCCAGCAACGUCAGCAGCCCCCACGUCCUGGGGAGACCUCCUCGGCUCGGACACCUUCGCCGCACCCGCUGCCGCCACUGAGGCCUCUGCCGCAGCAGCGGAGGGCGGAGCCGCUGCCGCCGCCGCCCCGGCCGCAGCACCGUCCGCCACCGCCGGAGCUGACCCCUUCGCCCCCUCAGAUGGUAGCACCACCACCGCAGCAUCUCCAGGUCUAGACCUUUUUGGCGUGAUCUCAGCGGAGAACCCGGGGUUUAGCUCUGCCCUGCCCCCCCCUUCACCCUCAUCGCUCUUCACCUCCGCAUCCAGCACCGGCAUCGUCACCACGGCAACCGUUUCGGCACCCGUAGCCCCCAACGCCGACCCUGCGGUCGAUCUUUUCAGCGCUUUCUUUGAGUCCACGCCUGACACAAGGUGCACCAAAGCAGAGGCCGCGCCCACUGCUGACUUGUUCACAGCAGCGGAUUUAUUCGACGUGUCAGCAAUCCCACCCAUCCUUUCCUCUGUGCCCCCACCCAAAACUGACAGCGGAGACCUCAUGAGCCUGUUUUGUGAGUCCACCGGAGCGGGCGACGCCCCUGCAGCUGCCCCCGCUGCAGCCGCCGCCGCUGCUGCCCCCGGGGCGGAACUCAUGUCAGCAUUUGAUGGGCUAGGAGACGUAAUGAAGCCCACCCUGACCCCCCAGGCGGGUGAUGUUGACACCUCCAUGGCUAACAUGGCAAGUAAUCUCACAAUGGGAACCCCAGCGGCCCCUCAGGUAGCUCCCCCCAGUUGGGGUGCCCCCAUGCCCGGGGCACCGGGUGUUGGAGCUCCGAUGAUGCCUAGUAUGGUUAGGCCGGGCUUCCCUGCCACCGGUGCCACCCCGAUGUCUCCUGGAGUGGCCCAGAGCCCCAGAAAGCCUCCUCCCCCCAGGAACGCCCUGGAUGACCUCAACAUCAAGGACUUCAUGUAGGCCCGACAAAGACCUCCAAGGUUGGAAUCUUUUCGUGUCUGGAGCUCUGUGGAUGUCUGCACUUCCCCACUGCCGCCUCCCUCGCCCACCUGGACCACCAGCCCAACGAACCCCCGCUCCCCUCUAGAGGCCGCAACCUCUCAAAAACUCCCCCGCCCUUCAUGAUGUACUGUUGUAGCACAACUGUGAAUGUGAACCCUAGAUACAGACAAACUUGUGCGUGCGUGUGCGUGUGUGUGUGUGUAUCAGUGUUAAACUUUACUUAAUAUAUACUAUGAGGGGAGAAAAAAGAGAAAAAAAAUGAAUGUGUAUUUAGAUUCAUUCUGGACUUGGAAUGGUACGGUGGUUUCUUUGUGCAUCUGGCAGACGAGGACUGUGUUGUUAAUUCAAUGUGGACUGUGUUUCGGUGUGUGUAACUUCACUGGCCAACAACCCACCCAGCCUCCUUACUCCUUUAACCUCCUACUUCUUGGUUCCAACUAAUACUGAGCUGUCCUCGUUGUCCCAACUAAUACUGAGCGAUGUUUGUGUCAUGCUUGUACCUCCAGUAUGUCCGCUUUGCCCUCCAUGUUCAUCCUUGAUAACAAAAAUACAUGCAAACGCGGCGUUAUCCACUGUGUUCACCUUCUUUUUCUUAGUGCUGAAAAGGACAUAUGCAUUCAAGACUGUUUUGAUGAUAGAUUUGACAUAUUUUAUUCAUUUUGAUGAUAACAAAUACCAUAUAUUUUAGUUACAUAUCAAAGAGGGGGAGCAUGAUUUUGUCGGUCUAGUAGAGGCAGUAUUGAACAAAACAUUGCUCUGUGGUGCCCUCUGCUGGUGUGGAGUGCAUGGCGACAGGUCCCGCCUUCUUUUGUUUUCCAAACAGGCUCAAUGAGACAUGCUAGCAUCGGUGCAUGCGAUUGGACGCUCACUGGGAAGACCCGCUGUAAAGCACUCAAGUAUACAUACGCUGGAUGUUCUUCUGUGUUGUUGAUUUCCAAACAAGUGACUGUAACUUAAUCUCCUUGUGGCAUUUUACGUGUUGAAAAGGAAAAUAAAGACGACGAUGACCUUUACAUACAAAGAGAAUGCGGAUAGAUGUUUGCUCAGUAUCUUCUGUGACGGCUGUUGAGAUUUUCUGAGGAUGGCCGCCCCGCUUCCUUCCUUUCUCCCUGUCCAACCUGCAUGUGAGCCCCCCAUCUGAGAUGCAAUAAAAUACAAAUACACUGACCCAAACCACCCUCACGGCUCGUCACUCAUCUCCAUCCGGUCUUGUCCGUUGAUUGAUGGAACGGUCGCACAGGUUAACUCUUAUGACCCACGCCGUCCUGACACAUGAAGUAUUUUUAGUAGACCAUGACCAGGCUCGUGCACAAAGUCUCACCACAUGAUGGGAACACGUGUACGACACUGCGCAACGUCCGCGGCCAUCAACAGUCAUUAGCGAUAGGCCG